UGUAUCCCCCUCUAACCAUAAAUAAACCAUUUCCCUCUUACUUUCUCUCUCUUCAUCUUAGAGAGAGAAACCACUUCUUCUUCUCGAAUUCAAAAAUAUCAAACCGUAAUCAACGCAAUUACUCCACAAAUUAAUCACACUGUUUACACUAUCACUUUUACCACAACCAACAUAAUUAAUCAUCAUUGCCAGCGUGAAAGUGAGAAACAGUUGAGUAUAACCACAAAACGUUCAUUCAUUUCUCAAACGGUUUCUUUCAAAAACAAUGUAGUAGAAGAAGAAAACGAAAACCGUUACAAUGCUUUGAAAUUCAAUUGAAAUUUCGUUGAAAUUCAAAUUGCGUUUGAUAUCUACAUUUUCGUGUUUUGCAUUGGUGUUUAAGAUGGAUCAGUAUGAGAUCAUGGAGCAGAUCGGUCGCGGUGCAUUUGGUGCUGCAAUUCUCGUUAAUCACAAGGUGGAGAAGAAAAGAUAUGUGUUGAAGAAAAUUAGGCUUGCUAGGCAAACGGAACGGUGUAGAAGAUCUGCUCAUCAAGAGAUGGCUCUAAUUGCGAGAAUUAAGCAUCCUUACAUUGUUGAAUUCAAGGAGGCUUGGGUUGAGAAGGGUUGCUAUGUUUGCAUUGUUACUGGAUACUGUGAAGGUGGAGACAUAGCAGCAUUGAUGAAAAAAUCGAAUGGGGCUUACUUUCCUGAAGAGAAACUUUGCAAAUGGGUUACUCAAUUAUUGUUGGCAGUAGAAUACCUGCAUUCAAAUUUUGUUUUGCACCGUGACCUAAAGUGUUCUAACAUCUUUCUCACCAAGGAUCAUGAUGUUCGCUUAGGGGAUUUUGGGCUUGCUAAGACACUAAAAGCUGAUGAUUUGACUUCCUCGGUUGUAGGAACUCCGAACUAUAUGUGCCCUGAACUGCUUACAGAUAUUCCUUAUGGAUUCAAAUCUGAUAUUUGGUCACUAGGGUGUUGUAUAUAUGAGAUGGCUGCUCACCGCCCUGCUUUCAAAGCUUUUGAUUUGGAUGGAUUGAUAAGCAAGAUCAACCGUUCCUCUAUUGGUACUUUGCCUCCCUGUUAUUCUCCAUCCUUGAAAACACUGAUAAAAGGCAUGUUAAGGAAAAACCCCGAGCAUCGUCCAACAGCAUCCGAUAUCUUAAAGCACCCUUAUUUGCAGCCUUAUGUUCAUCAAUAUUGUUCAUCUCUCUGUUCUCCAUCAGCCUCUUCUCCUGAAAAGCCAAUUUUUGCUGUCCAUGUUCCUCGAAAAAACAUGGCAGAAAGUGAAGAAAGUAAUAGUUCGAGUAGUGACAAAGGUGGUUUGAUGUCAAAUAAGAGAAACGUUUCAAAAGCAGCACCAAUGGGCGAUGAAAAAAUCACUGAGGUAGACCUGUCAAUGAUCGAUGAUAAUGGGUCUGACCUUAUCAUGCCCGGUAGAGAAAGAAACAGCUCUAGCAAUGUCAACGCCAAAACAGAUAAACAGGAGGUUAGGAAGCAAACUCACCUUGAACACAAUUCUAAUGUUGGAUAUAAGCUAGCAAGAACAGUUAAGAAUGUAAAGAUGGGACCAAAACAUGAAAAGGUUAAAGAGACGAGGUCUCCAAUGAGAGAAAGUCUGAUGAAGGCUGGUGGUAUAUCAACACAGAAAAUUAAUACAGAAACCUUGUCUAAAUUUCCGAAAUCCGAUUUUGGUGUAAAUGGUUUGAAGCCUAAUGUAGAGGUGCCAACCUUAGCACCUUCAAAAGCAACCCUUCAUUCUUCAAAACGAAUCCAGGGAUCACAUACUUCAAAAUAUCAGCAGUUACCGAUGAUAGAAUCUACACCAAAAACUAAACCUCGACAUAAGGUGACACCACCAUGUGGUCCUAUCAAACAAGUAGUAGCAGUACCUGGAGUUUCUGCAAGGCCAAAACAAAAGACUCCUCCAAGCCUACUUAAGCCACCCUCAUUUCUGGGACGCAUAAAGCAAGCCGGGCAUGAUAUGCCAAAUGCAGCAAAUGAUACAGAAAGGUUAGAUCCAAAUAAAAUAGGUCAGGAGGCUAAGAUGGGACAUCAUCGGUUGCCUAACGGUCAUCUGCCACAUGUUUCUAAAGAGCCUUUGAAGGCUUUUGAAAGUAGUACCAAAGGAAUGCAAGCAACCAGCAACUCUGUUUCAUCUUCAGUCUCUAUUCAAGGAUUUGAACUUUUUGACUUUGCAAACACUUUUAUUGACUUGAGUGAACCAACACCCCCUGAACAUGGGAGUUUUAAUCACACUGAAAUUGUGGGAUCACGUGCCAACAGUGGUGGUCCUGAUGAAAAUAUUUCUGGUGAAUCCUCUCAGUUUACACCAACUUUUCAGAAUACCAUUACUCGUAAUGAGAAAGUAAGUCCCAGGUUAACUCUGGAUCACUCAGUAAUGUAUGAUAGUUUUCUUAUAAAUCAAACAACUACAUCUGAUGUCGUUGAGUGUGAUGUUCCGUCUGCCAAAGUCACACAAGAAAUCAAAAACCUUCAAGAUAUUUGUAAGGAAAUGGCUUCAAUCAAUUCUCUCAAACAUUCACUUUCCAUUUCUGGAAAAAAGUCUGUUUGUGAAGUUAGUCCAGUAAGCUUGCCAAAUAAUAGGCCUCAUAAAGUUAGCCAGCCAAAGCUUAUGUACAUCUCAACUGGUGAUGACAAGUUCAUGGUGAGGGAAAGAGUGUCCUCAGUGGCUGAAAUUGCACCUCUGAAUAUAUCUACUAAAAUUUCAAGCCAGAAAGUUUUAGAAGAAGAGAAGGGAAUGGUUUUACAGAAUCUAGCAACAGAAAGGCCUGCUUCUGGCCAUCUUCCCCCAGCUUUUGAUGAUGUCAUCCAUGUUAUACGCCAUAGCAGUUACCGGGUGGGGAGUGAUCUUCCGGUAAAGGAAUCAACGGAGAAGGGAGUUACAAAUGUAGAUGUUGGUACACUCAUCAACGUUGUAAAGGAUGAUUUAGAAAUGAGAAAUGUGGGAACUCCUUUGUCCCUUAAAUCUUCAAAUUGCUCUGAAGUUACUAGCUUGAACUCAAAUACUACUGAUAAUUUGGAAAUCAGAAACUUGAGCUUGAAGUCAAGUAUUUCUGAACAUCCUGAUGUUGAAGUGCUAGAUGUGAGAAUCCCUGAUUCUCUAGUUUCAGAACCUGGUUCCGCUAAAUAUAACAAAUAUAGCAUUCCUACAGCCAAAGAGGAAAUGCCAGGAAAUGAAUCUUUUGAUGUUAAAUCUUCCAAACAGAGAGCUGAUGCACUUGAAGGGCUGUUAGAAUUGUCUGCAGAUUUGCUGCAGCAAAAUAGAUUGGAGGAACUUGCGGUUGUUCUGAAGCCCUUUGGAAAAGAUAAGGUCUCCUCAAGGGAGACAGCUAUUUGGUUGGCCAAGAGUUUAAAAGGAUUGAUGGUUGAGGAAAGUGGGGGUCGUAGUUAGUAAGGUUUCUUUAUUCUUGGAAUGUUUACUUGUCUUUGAUGUCUUUUCUUGCUUUAUUGUUACAUAGCUUUCCAAGUACCACCUGAAUUAAGAGAACAAACAGGUUUUAUCGUUUC